UUCCGAUAGCUGGGACCUUGACUGCACGUUCGUGAAAAUUCUAAUUCCAAUUUCGACAGGUUGCAGGCCGAGUGCACCUGGCGGUACAUAUGCGUUGUGGCACCUACAGUUGUUUUCAAACAAAGAGAGGGAGUUGAAACAAAGUAGUCAGCUGAUUCGAGAUGCAUCUUUGGUGGGAGACUCUGCUACGAAGGCUUAAAUAGCACCGCGUGGAGUUCUGCACUUCAGUGCCAGCCAGCGUCACCUGAAACACUCUCGUUUCGAUAUCUUGCCCCUUACUUUCUGAGAGUUCUUCGAGUGCGGGGAAAAACAGAAAAUCGCAGGAAUCUCGCAGCUUCGUGAAAGAUCGAGGACACAACGAUCUCGUCUCAGACGCGAUCGGUUCAUCGAUGUUCUCAGAAGCCAACGCUUCUUCGUUGUUUCCUCGAUAAACAUACCGACAACAUUUGCGACCACAACGCUAAAAGUUCGCAUUAGACGCGAUAGUUUCAAGCAACAAGUAUCUCGUCGGAAAAGUGCGUUUCAAGCGUUCUUUGUGUACGAUCAGAAGGUUGCGUCCCGAAACAUGAUUGUUUUUUAAUGCGCGAGGAAGAAGUGGAGAGAAUCAAGAGUGCUAUUGAUACUUCGAGGAAGAAACCGUAAAAGCGUGUACUUGAUCACUGUGCAACGAGUUCGACAGUGAUUAGACAACUUUGAAGAGAUUCAGUGAUCGUUCGAUUCCGAAUAAAUAGAAUUUCUAGACGAGUUUCUUUCUUUCGUUUAAAACUCUACAAAGAUUUUUCCACGUCCGUCGUACAUAAACAAACGUAGAAGAGAUGAGACCACCCGCGUACAAUGCCGACGAUGUGCAACAGAUUUCUCAGGAGCAAGGAGAGAGGAACGUGGCUAUGGCUGUUUGCGUCCAGUUGGCGGGCCGAGCGAUAAUUAGGGUAGUUUCCCGGUGCGAAGAGGCGCAGGACAAUUGUAAUCUAGAUCUGUCAGAAUGCCAACUAAUGCAGGUACCUGAUGCAGUUUAUCAUUUAAUGAGACACACAGAGUUAAAAAGAUGUAAUCUGUCAGGGAAUGUGAUAACAAAAAUUCCACCAAAAUUUGCAGUCAAGUUCUCUCUGAUUACUGAACUGAACCUGAGUCAUAAUCAAAUGAGUAAGCUACCAGAAGAACUUGCUGAAUUGCAAGCUUUAGAAAGGUUGGAUAUAUCGCAUAAUACGUUCAUCGCUUUGCCACCCGUUACAUGUCGGAUACCACAACUCAAGCGGCUUCUUGCUAACAACAAUUCGAUUAUUGAUAUAGACGUUGAAAGACUCAGGCACGCUCCCGCGUUGGAAUUUAUUGAUCUUCAAGCCAAUCCAUUAACGGCCAGGAUGCACGAUCUUCUAAGUACUUUAACUCGAAUUAAAAUUGAACUGACCCCUCGACAAGUCGAAGAAUGGGAGGACCUCACUAUUUGAAGUGAAUCCAUAGUUCAAAGAAAACAAUAAUAUCUGCCAAAGCAGCUGAUCGUCGAAUAAUCGUUCUACAUGGACGUAGUUUGCUUCCAUUACUAUUGACUGAGAUUGUUCAAAAGUUCGCAGAUCGUUACGCGAAUUCCGAACAAAAGCAAGUAUUUUGUACAGUGACAAAAAAGCACAUGACUGAUCGAUAACAGGUGUGAUGAUAUGCGGCAAGAAUCAUCGGUAAAUGGAACUCUCUCCAGUUGAUGUUUCUUAUAAUCUGUACUUAAGGAUAGACUUGCCGCGUACCUGGAACUUUCUUCAUUGAUCUCGUGGAUAGCGAUUGAUUGUCACUUCUUUUACUCUCGUUUUGUACCGUGUGGAUUUUUUUAGAUAUUAUUACGCUGCUCGCUCAUUUGGCCCGCGGAAUGCUGUGAUCCAUGUAUGUGUAACAUCGCGAGCUGCCGAUUCAAUUUACUACCAUAUUUUUACUAACUCCAAAUAAGUAUCCUGUACAUUUAAGAUAUGUUUUAUUAUUUUUUAUGCGUGGACUUGACACACUGCGACAUAUGUAAUAAAUCGAACGACUGCCAAUAUAUAGGCGAUCUAUUACUGACAUUUUCGCCAUAAAUCGAUCAAUACUUUUGAUUUUAUAAAACAUUGAAAAGAAAAAGAGAGGAAUGAGAAGUAUAAAUCCAAUGUACCGAUUAGAAUAUACAAAAAUUCGUUAUUUUCUUUUGUUUAGAUACGUGUCUUAUGGACUGGUAAGAAUUUACAGGAACAAUUGUAUUUAAUUUAUAUAAACGAUAUGUACAUUAAACUGUAUUAUGUAUUAAUUGUAAUGUAGCUCUGUGUAUAUGCACAACAGGUAUCAGAAUGUAUUGCUCUGUAUUUCUGAUCUAGUCAAUUGUCCGCGAAAUGUUACAAUAUACUUUAAGAAAA